GAGGGAUCCCUCUGGAAUGUUUCCGUCGGACCCACCCGGGGAAGGGCGGCACGGCGCGGAUUGGCCACGAGCGUCGGACGGCGGCUCCUGAUUGGGGAGGCGCGAGCGCGGGCCCCGCCCCUCCGACUCGCGGCUGCGGGAGAGGCCCGGGCCGGAGUUUGCGGAGGGCCGAGCCGGGCGCGCGCAGGCUGGCGGCGGCGGCGCAGAGGUGAAGCAACAGACCCAGAGAGGUGGAGUGACUUGCCCAAGCACCGUGAGAGACAGGAGUUCAGCUCAUGAGAAGACUGAGGCCCCAUCACAUGAAGUGACUUGCCCACAGCUACACAGCUGGGUCAUUCUGGCUGCUGUGUUGACACAGACUGUGGAGGGCGAGGGCAGAAGCUGGCCGACUCGGAGGGCACAACUGCACUAGUGUAGGUCUCCUGAGUGUGCCCGCGCUCCUCGCCGCUCAUGCCGCUGGGACUGGGGCGGCGGAAAAAGGCGCCGCCUCUGGUGGAAAACGAGGAGGCUGAGCCAGGCCGUGGGGGGCUGGGCGUGGGGGAGCCGGGGCCCCUGGGUGGGGGUGGGGCAGGGGGGCCCCAAAUGGGCCUGCCCCCCCCUCCCCCGGCCCUGCGGCCCCGCCUCGUGUUCCACACCCAGCUGGCCCAUGGCAGUCCCACGGGCCGCAUCGAGGGCUUCACCAACGUCAAGGAGCUGUACGGCAAGAUCGCCGAGGCCUUCCGGCUGCCGGCCGCCGAGGUGAUGUUCUGUACCCUCAACACCCACAAAGUGGACAUGGAGAAGCUCUUGGGGGGCCAGAUCGGGCUGGAGGACUUCAUCUUUGCCCACGUCAAGGGGCAGCGCAAGGAGGUAGAGGUGUUCAAGUCAGAGGAGGCCCUGGGGCUCACCAUCACUGACAACGGGGCCGGCUAUGCCUUCAUCAAGCGCAUUAAGGAGGGAAGCGUGAUCGACCACAUCCAGCUCAUCAGCGUGGGUGACAUGAUCGAGGCCAUCAACGGGCAGAGUCUGCUGGGCUGCCGGCACUACGAGGUGGCCCGUCUGCUCAAGGAGCUGCCCCGAGGCCGCACCUUCACGCUGAAGCUCACGGAGCCACGCAAGGCCUUUGACAUGAUCGGUGUGCGCUCAGGGGGUGGCCGCCCUGGCUCUGGCCCCCAGCUGGGCACUGGCCGAGGGACCCUCCGGCUCAGAUCCCGUGGCCCUGCCACAGUAGAGGAUGUGCCCUCAGCCUUUGAGGAAAAGGCGAUUGAGAAGGUCGAUGACCUGCUGGAGAGUUACAUGGGCAUCAGGGACACAGAGUUGGCGGCCACCAUGGUGGAGCUUGGAAAGGACAAAAGGAACCCGGAUGAGCUAGCCGAGGCCCUGGAUGAACGGCUUGGUGACUUUGCCUUCCCUGAUGAGUUCGUCUUUGACGUCUGGGGUGCCAUUGGGGAUGCCAAGGUUGGCCGCUUCUAGGCCUCCUUCCAGACCUCUCAGUGACCUGGCUCCGCUUGGUGGGAGCCUCCAGGGGGAGGGCCACUAUGGCCCAGACCCUCGGACAUUGCUCAGCAGCCCAAGGACGAUGCAGAGUGGAGGUGGGGCCGGGCCUCCGCCCCACUCCGAUUGGUACCAUCCCUCCCCAGCUCCCACCCUGGCUGGGGUCCCCGGUCCCCCCUUGCCCUGUUCCCCACCUACCUCAGCCGGGUCAGGCGCAGGGGGUGGGGGGAGGGACCAGCCAGACUGGGCGGCCACCCCGCCCCCAACACUUUCCGCAUCAGCUGCCAAACUGGUCUCUCAUCUCCCUGGGGCCUGUUUGGGGGUCGUGACCUCCCUGGUUUCCUGCUGCAGGGAAUGCAGAAGGGGGGCGUUCCCCCCCUCAGCAAAUGCAAUAAUGCCCUCCCCCACCCCGUGCCCCACCCAGAGAGGAGUCCCCUCACCGUGGAGUCUGUUACCUCUGCAUUUGAAACACUAGUCUGCUGUGAACCCCCAGCCUCCCUCCCUCUCCUGCCCUCUGUGUCUCCCGCAGCCCAGCCCUGGACCCAAGGGGCAGGAGGGAGGAUGGCAGGGGGUUUUUGUAUCUGAAUUUGCUGUCUUGAACAUAAAGAAUCUAUCUGCUGU